AUGUCGACACUCAAGCGCAAGGCCGGCAAGCCUCUCGCCUCGGACAAUAAGAAGGCCAAGCAGGAUGGCAACAUCAUGUCGUUCUUCGGAGCCCCGAAGCCGGCGGCGCCCGCCAACGGUGGGGGUUCCACGACAGGGAGCGGUGCCGGGGCCGCCGAGACGCCGGCACCCAAGUUUGACAAGGACAAGUGGGUCGCUGGCUUGACGGCGGAACAGAAGGAGCUGCUCCAGCUCGAGAUCGAUACGCUUCACGAGAGCUGGCUGGCCCACCUCAAGGACGAGGUAACGAGCAAGGAAUUCUUGGACCUCAAGAGGUUCCUCAACAGGGAAACAGAUGCGGGGAGGAAGUGGUUUCCUCCCAGAGAGGAUGUGUACUCUUGGUCCCGUCAUUGUCCUUUCAACAACGUCAAAGUCGUCAUUCUCGGCCAGGACCCCUAUCACAACCAUAACCAAGCCCACGGCCUCGCCUUCUCCGUCCGCCCACCGACCCCAGCCCCCCCUUCGCUCAAGAACAUGUACAUCGCCCUGAAGAAGGAUUACCCAUCCUUCUCCCCGCCCCCUAAGAACGGCGGUCUCCUCACUCCCUGGGCGGACCGCGGCGUACUUCUCCUCAACACCUGUCUGACGGUGCGUGCGCACGAGGCCAACUCGCACUCGAAUCGCGGCUGGGAGCGCUUCACGCAAAAGGUCAUUGAUCUCGUCGCUGCGAAGCGUUCGCGCGGUGUUGUCUUUAUGGCCUGGGGCACGCCGGCAGGCAAGCGCGUCGUCAAAGUUGAUGCCAGGAAGCACCUCGUCCUCAAGAGCGUGCAUCCUAGCCCGCUCAGCGCCUCAAGGGGCUUUUUUGACUGUGGCCACUUCCGCAAGGCCAACGACUGGCUUGUCACGCGGUACGGCGCCGGCGCCGAGAUCGACUGGGACCUCAGCGAAGCUAAGAAGCUUGAGACACCCGCGGUGGAGACCAAGAAGGUUGAGACCGACAGCAAGGACGAAGAGAAGGGAGCUGAGACAGAAGAGGAGACUGAGGUCAAGGCUUCGCCCAAAGAGGAAUAA